UUCGUUCCAAUGUUCAUAACCGACAAGCGAUUCAUCUUGCAUCGUGUCUUUGUGGGAAAUAUUUAUAAUGAAAUUAUUUUCAGUCUUUGUUGUAUCGUUUAAUUUACUUAAUUUUGCGAUAUCAGACUCUGUAAUUAAGCUGAACGAUAAAGAUGGGAAAGAACUCUUCAGUAGUCACGGAUCCAGUGGCGAAAUAAAAAAUGUGUCACCAAGGCGAGAAGAUUUUCCGAUUGUGUUAUCAUGCACAAGUUCAAGUCCAAACGGAUGGAAAAUAAAUUUGAGUGGAGACGAGAACCAAUUGAAAAAUAGGGACAUUAAGAGAUCAACCAUUUCAGAUGAUAUAAAUGGGACCCUGUACAUUUCAAGGCUCACUCUGCCAAAUUACACUACUUCCAUUGUGGGUCGUUAUGUCUGCUCAUGCAACCAAAAUUUAGACCGGAUGGGAAUACAACUUUUUCUUCAACCCGAUAAUCCCGACGUGUCACUGUAUCUACAACCCGGAUCUAGUCAUGUUGUCCAUCCUGUCGUGGGUGAUGAUGCAAUUGUGCUCCCAUGUCCGGUCUCCUCAGUAUCGUCGGAUCUCUACGUGGAGAAAAUAGGGACGUUUUACUCAUCACGAGUCGACAUUCCAUAUAAUGCAUCCCUCAACGGAUUCGUUAUUCGACCUGCCACCGGAAGUUAUAAAGAUCUCAACAAACAUUUGGGACGUUACACCUGUUCGCAGAUCCGUUUCGGGUUAGAAGCCACCAUAUCGGUUGAAAUUACUUCUCCAAUUGAAUAUGACAUCCAACCAGCGUCGGAACAAAUAAUUGUGGAGGGAUCGGAAACUAUGACUGUUUCCUGUGGGGGAAAUGCUCCCCUGAAACUUAGUUUAUACAGUGGAGGUGAAAAAGCGCUCAAUGUCACGUAUUUCUAUAAUGGGCACGGCGAUCGUUUCAGAUUUAGGGGUGUGGCCUCCUACAUUCCGCAAAAGAAUGAGCAGGAUGGAAUAUCUUGUACGACGGAGGGAAAUGGGAAGUCAAUUCAUCUUUGGAAAUUCGUGGCGACCGAUUACCAAGUGAAGCAAAGAAUAUCCUCCGACCGGAAACAAAUUGAGUGCAUGAUAUCUCCCAAAAGUAAAAAUGCUGUCAAACCCUCCCUAAAAUUAUCUUAUUGUCGGAAUCACGACGAAUGUUUGCUGUUCAAUGAAACUGAGAAUCACAACGAUGCUGGAAACUUUACUAUUUCAUCGUGUGGAGAAGGAUGCACUUCUUCUACAGUUAUGAAAGUCGGUGGUUUUUGGGCGACGUGUUCCGAUGGGGGUGAUAUCGUCAAAAAAUCGCUAUAUUACUCAGAUUUAAACCUUAAUUUGUAUAGUAUGGAUGAACCAAGUAAAGAAAGCCGUAUGGCAGAAAUUAAUGGAGAAUCGGAGAGCUCAGUAUCUGUGAGAUGGAGUCGGUUUUUCUUGCCAGAAAAUGGAGAGUGGUCAAUCCCAACAGAUUUUGCCUGGGAAGAAACUCAUCGCGAAGAACAAGACGGUAGUCUAAGUUCGACAAUAACCAUCCAACCCACUGGUCAAACCGGGUAUAACGUGUCGUGGUCAGCUCUUGCAUGGAAUUCGGAUAAAUUUUCCAAAAACGACAAAGGAUCGAUUCAAUUAAGACAUGAAUUCGUUCCGGAACAAGCAGAAAAACAAGUCCCUGGUGACAAUAUUGUCCACUGUCCUCCCCCCGAGUGUAAGUGUCCUCCAGUGUCCUGUCAUGAGGUCAAUGUAUCAGGACAAGGUUCCGUAUUGGCUUAUCAAAUUGCUGUCACCUUUUUUGCGGCCGGAUUUAUCUUUCUGCUGAUAUCUAAACGUUCUAAAGAGACAGAAUCCCCAGAGAUGAAUAAUGACGACUUGUUCAACACAGUCAUUUCAACCCUUGACGUCAAAGAUAUCUUCCCCGAUGCUAUCCCGGAACAAGUACAUCUAGCCGUCGCUCACCUUCAAGAUAAAGAGGCGGAGCUGAAAGAGCUCCUGCACAAAAAAUACGCCAAAGUCUUCACCGGGGAUUACGACGAGCCGGCGAUGCUAUUAAGAAUGCAUAUACGUUGAAAAAAUCUCAUAACUAAAAGACAGAGACGACGGUUGCGUCUCCUUGUGUGCCGAGAGAUUUAUUGCUAAUGAGGGGGGGG